UACCUUCAAUUGCAUUCCCCAGUACUCUUCCAGAAUUGGUUGCCUACUUGCCUUCCUUUCCAGGUUCCUGUUUUCUUCGGGCUAAAAUUGCCACAAAAUCCAUAAAAAUACAGACCAUAAUCAAAUUGAAUCCAAACCAAAUCUUGAUAAUAAAAUGAAAUUGAAGUUAAGAAAAUUACCUCAACAACACUCAAAGAAAAGAUUUCUCACAAGCCCAAACUCUAAGAGCCACGUGCACGUCCCUGAUGUCGACCUAAUACUUAUACUCUCGAUCCUCCUCGCAUUCCAUCACUCCACUAUGAGGAACCGAUCGACAACCCCACCGCCACUCCCACCGGCGAAACGUUUAUGCAUCGAUAGGCAUGUGAUGGGUUAUCUCUCGGACAGCGAGAUCUCGGUACGAGGUGGUAGCUGUUCUCUUAGCAAGGCAGAAGGACCAGAGGCAGCAGCCCUAAAGGGUGAAGAAAAAUCAGAGGCAGCCCUAAAGGGUGAAGAAAAACCAAAGGCUGCCGAAGGACCAGAGGCAGCUCCAAAGGCUGCUGGUUACUAUUGGUUUAAACUCAAGCUUGGAGAACCUCUUACCUCUGAAGAGGAGGCAAAGGCUGCUGAUUACAGUUUGGAGGACCUCCUCGAUGAAGGUCUCGAAUUUUGUACAAUUUGUGGUCAGGAGGACCACUGGGUUUAUUGUUGUGAGAAAUACUAUGAGGAAUAUAAAUGUCCAUACGGGACUAACUUCAUUCCCCCAGGCAUUAACCAACAUGACAAGAUGCCGUCUGAUGUCUGGACUGACUCAGAUCAAGAGCAUUUGGAUCUUUUGUGCAUCAAAGAUUAUGUCCCAGAGGGCUUUGAGUACCUGCAUACGGUCAGUGAAAUAAAAAAACAUACAUAGAAUUAUGAUUCAGCAGCACAACGAGAUCAAGGAUUACGUUAGCUCCGGAAUCGAGCCCGAUUGUGCGGUAAGAAAGACCAGUGGUGAGUCUGACGAUGAAGCAUGCAAUGAAGGACGAGGACAAGGAUGUGGAUUGAAGAUCCUGUAUGAUGGAUGAUUUGUUUGUUUUUUUUUUGGUCUGACGUAGAUGAUUUGGUUUUUGUUAACAUUGUGAUAGCGUUGUAAUAUGUUGUCCUCUUUAGUACUUUAACUAGAAAAAUGAUGCGCGGGGUAAAGAGUUGUAGUAUUUAUUGUUUAUUUAAUAAGAAUUUUGUAGUUUGA